AUGAAGUCGCUCAGGAUGAGCAAGGUGUUCGGCACCAUCAAGAAAAAGAAGGACAGUGGCUCCGAUGCCUCGGCCGGUGCAAACGGAAACGACAGCCCCGAGGCCAUAGCCGCCCGCAGCGUGAUAUCAUUCUGCGAGUCUGGCGGCCCAAAUAACUCUGGCGACGAAGUCCUCUACCUCCCUCCUAUCGUCGAUGCCGCCGAGUCCUCACCCGCUGCUGCUGCAGAAUGCGCGCGCCUCUGUCGCAAAUAUCUGAAGAAGGAUUACUGGUCGAAACCCUCGUACCAGUACAAUUCCAUCAUGCUCAUUCGCAUCCUCGCUGACAAUCCAGGCCCGACUUUCACACGGAACCUUGAUCAGAAGUUCACCGACACCGCCAAGGAACUGCUGAAGUCUGUCCGCGACCCGAGUGUGCGCCAGAUGAUGAUGGAGACGUUGGACGCCUUUGAGAACACCAAGGCAUAUGAUGAAGGACUGGGUCCCUUGAUCGACAUGUGGAAGAAGGAGAAGGAAAAGGCGAUCAAGCAACACGGGACCCCACAAACUCCAGCACCGCAGACCAUGAACGCGCCACCCUUCAAUGGAUACUCACAGUCUCAAUCGGGCUCCCAAAACUACUUUGCGCGAAGCCAUCAGAGUCGUAAACUUCCGAGUCCCGUCGAGCUGGCGAGCAGAUUAGAAGAAGCGAGAACCUCGGCCAAUCUGCUGGACCAGGUACUCACCAGCACACCACCCGCCGAGGUCCUCGACAACGACCUCAUCAAAGAGUUUGCCGAUCGCUGCUCCAGCGCCAGCCAGAGCAUACAGAACUACAUGAAUGCAGAGAAUCCCGUACCUGACAACGACACGAUGGAGAGUCUUAUUGACACCAAUGAGCAACUUCAAGCCGCGUUGAGCUUGCAUCAAAGAGCCAUGCUGAAUGCGAGAAAACAGGUUACCCCCCUCAGCGACCAGCCAAGGGACCUUGUGAGCCCCAUGGGAGAAUCAGAGCGCAACGGCUCCGGAUUUCGACGAGUCUCAUCCAGCUCGUCAUUAGAUCUGCCAUCGGUACCGCCUAGGAAAGCCAAUGGCAAGGGCAAACAGAGAGAGUAUGAGCCCGCUCUUGCUGGGCCUUCAGCAGGACCGUCGAGAUCGCAUACGCCAGCAGUCGAGGCAGAAGAUCCCUUCAGAGACCCCGUGCCCGAGGCUUCCGGAUCAGGUGGUGGUUCAGGAUCGGGUGCAGGAGGGUCGUCAAAAUACGUCGAUUAUGAGCCUACACUGGCAUUUGAGCCUUUCCAUCCCGGCUUUGAUACCACCCCGAGCUACUUAGGGCGCCAAGAGAGCGCCCUCGGGAAUGAGGCGAUGCAUGGCGCGGUAGACCAGUCCCAAUCUGCGCCAUCCAAGAGCGCCGAGUCUCGUCGCACUGGUGACAAUAGCGAAGUCUACGAUGCGACGCCACUGGAGGGAAAGAAGGAGCCGAUGUACCGGUACUAA